GAAUAUGAAUUUGGCUUAACAAGAUGGUGCUAAAAAUGCGGAGCGGAGGUGUAUAUAGGUUAUGGUUAUGACGUUCUGUAGUUUGCGAGAUUGUUGUUUUAGAACUUCUCUCCCAAUAAAAACAGGAAGCACUGAGAUUUUUUUAGGACGUCAGUGGCAGGUGGUAAACUCCUCCCCAUUUGUUUUGAUUGUUAUGAACAUUACGAGAGGCUGUACAAAUUAAUUCUAAGCGAUUCGUAUUAAUCAGUAUUGAUUCAGCAUUAUGGCAGAUCGCUUGACGCAGUUGCAAGACACCAUAAAUCAACAAGCGGAACACUUCUGCAACAGCGUCGGUAUUCUACAGCAGUAUUCUACGCCCAGUAAAUUUCCCGGUUUUGAUCGCAUCGGUACCCCGCAGCCACAUCAAUCUCAAGAAGAUUACGCUGCCUUAUUUGCGAAUCUUAUUGCAAGGUGUGCCAAAGAUAUAGAUACAUUAAUAGAAAGUUUGCCAAGCGAGGAGUCGUCGCAGGAGCUACAAGUAGCCAGUCUUGGCAGACUCGAACAGGAGAAUCAACAGGCUGGUGAGCAAUUGGAAGAGGUGGUAAGACAGGGCGAGGCGCUUCUUCAGCGAAUUCAAGCGGCUCUACAGGAUAUCGCACAAAGUCAGUUAGAUAUGCAAAAUCCCACAUCGACGACUGUGAUCAACAUGAAUCUCAACAGUUCUAAUAUAAAACAAGAGAGCCUCAGUUCUAUAAACACUGUGCCUUCAAAUAAUACACAUCAGAUAUCAGAUCCUUCACCUAAUUCGAUAAAUCAAUGACAGCUUUAUGAUUUAUUGUAAUUAGGAAAUUAUUUGUAAAGUAACGUCUUACAGUCUAUAAAAUCAAAUGAGUAUAUCAAUUUCAUGUUCGAAAGACGACUACAAUUACUACUACAAUUAAUUAUACGGUAAAUUUCAUUUAUACAAAAAUAUUGCUUGAGACAAUAAAUGGAACAUUAGUUUGUCACAGUA